AUGGCGGCGGCGGCGGCGGCGCUCUGCCUGCCGCGGCGCUGCUCCGCGCCGCCCCGGGCCCGCCUCCUCGCCUCCGCCGUCACGCUCCGCCGCGCUGCGCGCCGCGCCGGCCGCGUGCCCCGGUGCGCCGCCGCUCCUCCGGGACUCCCCGCCGACCCCACUACGCUAGAAAGUCCAGCUCGCAGAAAGUGCUCACCUUUACUUGAAAGUGCCCUAUUGCCUGGUGGAAAUGAUCUGGCUGUGCAUGAAUGGAAGGCAGUUCCAGAUAUCUGGAGGACAGCAGCAGAAAAAUAUGCUGACCGUGUAGCUUUGGUAGAUCCUUAUCAUGAUCCGCCGUCGGAAUUGACUUAUAAGCAGCUUGAACAACAUAUAUUGGAUUUUUCUCAUGGUCUGAGGGCUGUUGGUGUCGCUCCAGAUGAAAAGCUAGCCCUUUUUGCUGACAACUCAUGUCGGUGGCUAGUUGCAGAUCAAGGAAUCAUGGCUACAGGCGCUAUCAACGUUGUUAGAGGAACAAGAUCUUCUGAUGAAGAACUGUUCCAAAUAUACACUCACUCUGAAAGUAUUGCACUUGUUGUGGACAGUCCUCAAUUCUUUAACCGGCUUGCAGAAUCAUUCACUUUAAGGAUUAAUGCAAGAUUUGUUGUGCUACUUUGGGGUGAUAAAUCAUCCCUAAAUAGUAAAGCUGUGAAGGACAUACCAGUUUAUGACUACAAUGAUAUCACUCAACUUGGACGAGAAAACCGUAAUGCAGUGCACAAUUCUCACGAGCAAGGUCAGCAAGGUGUCUUCGAAGCAAUUACUCCAGAAGAUGUUGCGACACUAAUAUAUACUAGUGGAACAGGUGGCACACCAAAAGGCGUGAUGCUUACCCACCGAAAUCUCUUGCAUCAGAUAAAUAAUUUGUGGGACAUUGUUCCAGCUGUACCCGGCGAUAGGUUCCUAAGCAUGCUUCCACCCUGGCAUGCAUAUGAACGUUCUACCGAGUACUUCAUCUUCACUUGUGGAAUCCAACAAGUUUACACUGCUGUGAAGUACCUGAAGGAAGAUUUGCAGCGGUACCAACCUCAUUAUGUCAUAUCAGUACCACUGGUCUAUGAAACUCUGUACAGCUCAAUUCAAAGGCAGAUAUCUUCCAGUUCCACUGCUCGAAAAACUCUCGCCCUUGCACUUAUCAAGAUAAGUUUGCAAUAUAUGGAGUCAAAGAAGAUAUAUGAGGGAACAGUGUUAUCAAACAAUCCUGUUGAACCAUCACAUAUUGUCUGCAUGGUCAAUUGUCUAUGGGCAAGAAUUAUUGUCGCUCUUUUAUGGCCUUUCCAUAAUCUGGCAAAGCUGUUGGUCUACAAGAAAAUCCAUUCUUCAAUCGGAAUUUCGAAGGCUGGUAUUAGUGGUGGUGGAAGUCUCCCAAUGCAUGUGGACAAGUUUUUUGAGGCCAUUGGUAUCAAAGUACAAAAUGGCUAUGGUCUAACCGAGACUUCCCCUGUUGUAGCUGCUAGACGGCCAUUCUGUAAUGUUCUUGGCACAGUUGGCCACCCAGUGAAGCAUACCGAAAUCAAGGUUGUGGACAUAGAGACUGGUGAGGCACUCCCAGAUGGUUCAAAGGGGAUUGUGAAAAUUAAAGGACCGCCAGUAAUGAAGGGAUAUUAUAAGAAUCCAUCUGCUACAAAUAAAGCUUUGGAUCAAGAAGGUUGGUUCAACACUGGAGAUAUAGGUUGGCUUGCACCUCACCAUACCACUGGCCCUAGUCGAAAAUGUGGAGGGAUGCUUGUUCUUGAAGGGCGUGCGAAAGAUACGAUAGUUCUCACUACAGGUGAAAAUGUUGAACCUGCUGAGCUUGAGGAAGCAGCAGGCAGGAGUAACUUGAUUCAGCAGAUAAUGGUUAUUGGCCAGGAUCGCCGUCGCCUUGGUGCUAUUAUUGUUCCCAACAAUGAUGAAGUUCUAGCAACAGCAAAAAGAAAGUCGAGACUUGAUGGGGACAAUGAACUAGCUAAAGCUACGAUCCUGAACUUGCUAUAUGAUGAGCUGAGAGCAUGGACGGUGGGUUGCUCAUUCCAAAUUGGCCCUAUUCUUAUUGUUGAUGAACCAUUUACGAUUGACAAUGGUUUGAUGACACCAACCAUGAAAAUAAGAAGGGACAAAGUGGCAGCCAAAUAUCAGAGAGAGAUUGAAGAAUUGUACAAGUGAUCUUAUAAUCUAUGUGGAAUGGGCAUGAGUAGCAACAAUACAGACAGUAGCUUCUAGUAUUUCAUUUAGGUAAACCAAAACGACAAUUUCUCGCAUAUUAUAGCAGUAAAAUUGAGCGUGCAUGGGAACACGCAACAGGGUCGAGGACACAAUGAGCACACAACAUAGCAACCAUGCAUAGUUGAUAAACCCCGCCAUGAAAAAUAAGAUGCUACAAUGUUACAAGCCAAAUAUCACACCGAGACUGAAGCCAAGUGGACUAGCGUGUGUUUUUUUAAUUUAACAUCCGUGGGUGCUCAAAAAUCCAAAUGAGCAUACACCGAUGUAACAAUUUGAGUGAAAUUAAUAAGGUUGCUGAUCCGGUACUUGUGUGUUUUAUCUUUCAUGCAGUAAUAUUUCAGCUAUUAAAAGGUGUGCACUGCCUUUUCUGAAGAAGAUGAUGAUGAAAAAUUCACAGA